AUGGAGGUUGUUGAGACAAGUGGAGAAGGAACUCUUUCGUCUGCAGAGCAUUCCACCCGACGUAGUUUUCCAUCAAUUGAGGAGGAAGUUGUGGGCUUUGAGAAAGAUGCAGAAAGUAUAAUGAAGAAAUUGAUUCAAGGAACAAAGGAGCUAGAUGUUAUCUCAAUCUUUGGAAUGCCAGGUCUCGGAAAAACAACUUUGGCCAGGAAAGUGUACGACAAUCCUUCUAUUGUUAAUUACUUUGAUGUUAAAGCUUGGUGUUCUGUUUCGCAAGCAUAUAAUAGGAUAAAGUUGUUGGGUGAGAUUUUCAAACAAGUAACCGAUCAUAAGAGCGAAAUUGAUGAGGAUGUUGACAUAGCUGACAAGUUGCAGAAAACUCUAAAAGGCCGGAGAUACCUCAUUGUAUUAGAUGAUAUAUGGGAAGUUGAUGCAUGGGAAGAUUUGGGAUUAUGUUUCCCUAAAGGUGAAGAUGGAAGUAGAGUAAUGGUAACAACUCGAAUCGAAGAAGUGGCUAAGCAUCUCCAGCACUGCAGUGAUCCUUAUUCUCUUAGAUUUCUAACAUUGGAAGAAAGUUGGGAAUAA